AUGAGGGAGUAUUUCGCUACUUUUGGAUUACCGUCGAUUUUAGUUACGGAUCGAGGAACACAAUUCACGUCGGAUCAGUUUCAGCACUUCCUGAAGAAAAAUGGUAUCGUGCACAAAAUGGGAGCACCGUACCAUCCCGCAACAAACGGACAGGCGGAGCGUUAUGUUCAAACGUUCAAGGACAAAAUCAAAGCACUAAAGUGUUCACGAUCUGAUGUUCAAAAGGAAUUACAACAGAUGCUGAUGGCCUAUCGGAGAACCCCGCACCCUGCUACAGGAAAAAGCCCAUCCUUGAUAGUUUUUGGACGACAAAUCAAAUCUAGGAUUGAUCUAAUGAUUCCCAGUGAACAAAAAUUGAGCAAUUUUUCUCGAGAGGGAGACAAACCGGUACGUUCGUUUUCGGUUAACGAUAGAAUUGCUGCACGAGAUUAUACAUCUCUUUCGGAGAAGUGGAGAUUCGGUGUUGUUGUAGAAAAAGUAGGAAAACUUCACUACAUGGUCCAGUUAGAUGACGGCAGAAUGUGGAAACGCCAUAUUGACCAACUCAGACAAGGACCCAUUCUUCAAGAGAGGCAUCCAGAAAUUCGAAACACUACUCAUAUUCAGCGGUCCCGUAACAGUUCAAGCCCAUCACGUUAUUAUAAGUUUCCCGAUCCAGUAAAAGUAGAACUUGAGGAUACUGAUGAUGAUGUUGCUCGGAAUACAGAAUCUCCUACCGAAUCCGAUCACAUCGGACAAAAUACACCCCUCAGUGCUGCAAUAAAUGAUACAGGUACAGAACCGAGUCUUAUAGAUAAACAUGUAGUAGAUCCUAAGCUAUUAACUGAACCCGCAAGGGGCUCUGUUCGAAGAUCUUUUAGAGAUAGGAAACCCCCACGUCGAUUGAACUUGUAA